AUGACAGACCGCAUGGUUACGGUUAACACAUCUCGAGACUGCAGUUUCGUUCUUAUUGGAACUCUUCAAUCUGGACUAGUGAACAACCGAGAUGGAGACAGAUGUCAUCACAUUGAAGUUGAGAGUGCCAACAAACUGAUAGAUAAAGUGAAUUUAUUUCAGCGAGUAUCCCAGCAUGAAUCUCAUCGUAACACGGAUUUUGAUGUUCCUUGUGUUUCCUUUUUUGUUGCAGAGUCCAUGCAGGGUCCUCAUGAGAAACGCCUCCUCAACGACCUCCUCUCUAGUUACAACGUCCUGGAAAGACCCGUGACCAAUGAAACCGAACCUCUUCUAAUUAGUUUUGGCCUCACAUUACAACAGAUAAUUGAUGUGGAGGAGAAAAAUCAGAUUAUAACUACAAAUGUUUGGUUAAAUUUGGAAUGGGUGGACGUCAACCUCAGGUGGAAUGCUAGCGAAUACGGUGGAGUAAAAGACCUGCGCAUACCGCCUUGGAGAAUUUGGAAACCAGAUGUUUUGAUGUACAAUAGCGCAGACGAGAAAUUUGAUGGAACCUAUCACACAAACGUCGUGGUUCGAAACAACGGAAGCUGCACGUACAUUCCGCCGGGCAUCUUCAAAAGCACGUGCAAGAUUGAUAUCACCUGGUUUCCUUUCGACGAUCAGAGAUGCGAGAUGAAGUUUGGUUCGUGGACGUACGAUGGAAAUCAGAUAGAUCUCCGUCUUGCGUCGGAGGAUGGCGGAGAUUUGUCGACGUAUAUAUCCAAUGGGGAAUGGCAGCUUAUUGCACUGCCAGGGACCAGAAAUGUAAUUGUUUACGCCUGCUGCCCCGAACCUUACGUAGACGUUACAUUUUACAUCCACAUUCGCAGAAGAACCCUAUAUUAUGGUUUUAACCUCAUCAUCCCAUGUGUGCUCAUUUCAUCUAUGGCGCUGCUUGGAUUUGCGCUGCCUCCAGAUUCUGGAGAAAAACUAACUCUUG